AUGAAUCUGUCAUUUAUAUUGCACUUCUUGAGAGCUAGAAAGAGAAGACUUGUGCUUGUUGGAGAUAGUUUGAAACCGUGCUCACUCAGAUUAUUGUUGAGAUUAAAAUACUGUCUUGUACAUAUCUCAGCCAGAAUCAUGGUGUCUGCAGCCAAAGUGAAAUCUCAAGCAACAAUUCAGUAUGUGAGUUACGUACCAGAAUUCAUACUGGUGAUUGCCCUAGGAAUGGGCCUGUACACUCGCUGGUCCUUGACAGAGGAUAUGACGAUAUCCAUAAUUGCAAUUUUAGGUGCUUUCAUUUUUGCUAUGUCAUGUGCUUUACGGUAUUACUUUGGACAGGAAGAUCUGGGGAAAGCUUUAUUUCACAUCUGGGUUGGUUUGCUGCUGGGAAUACUGACUUUCACCAACAAUGUUCACCUGCAGUAUGUCACACUGGAAGAAGUGAUGGAAGCUAUGUUUAUGACAAGCAUGAUGCUGGGGUGGUGUUGGAAUGUUAUGGAACGUUUAUUGAAACUUGUUCCUGCAGAGGCAAAGCUUUUGACAGUUUCGGAGGGUUUGGAGUCUUUGGGACUAAUCAUAGCCAGUUUAUUAACUAGAGUUGAUAGUGUAGCUCUAUCCCUGAACACCCUUGCAUAUAUUUUUCACAUUUCUGCUAUGAGACUAAAAUCCACAAUGGGACUUCUUUGUUUUAUUGCUUUUAUUUUUGUAGGUAUAUUUUUAUUUUUCCCAGCUCUUGAAGUCAAACCAAAUAUUUUUGCAUUAACCUGCUUUGUGGGCAGACAUGCAUUUCCAUCGAUCAUUGAUUUUUAUUUCUGUGAAUUGUCAAUGAUAGACAGGUGGCGGCAGUUUUUCAGCAAAUCACGUUUCAUACGUUAUUCAUAUGUUGUAUUGAUGUUUGCCGUUCAGCUGAUCCUUGCUGUAAUUAUAGGGCUGCGAACAACAAAGCACAAAGAAUGGUAUAUAGUUCUUCCAGUAUACACUGCCUUAGCCAUUAUCUGGCUUCUGUUCCACUUUAUGGCAUUUGUUACUUGCUGGAAACUCAUGGGGAAAAUUACAGAGUGUAAUGCCAAUUCUGAUGAAAGACGCAGCUUCAAUCGAAUCAUGGCUGCUAAAGGUCUGCGAUAUUUUGGAUUGGUGUCACAACGCAUUAUCUUUAUUUCUUUUGUUACAACUGUCAUUAUUUUUCUGGUUGGUUUUGAGACUCGAACCCCAUACAUGCUUGCCUUGGUGUUCCUAGUGCUGCCAGUGGAAGCUGCAAUUGUCAGUUUAUUCUGGGAGAUGGGAGAUAAGCUGGGAGGAACAUGCAUUGGUUACGCUGUCAUAGCACCAGUUACUUCCCUUAAGCAAGGAAAAGGGGCACAACUUUUAACCAGUUCUGAUGUUUUUGACAUUAGUAGUAGAGGCACUUCAACCCUGGCCGAAAUCCAGCAGCUGUUUCACUACCACAUGAUUCAGAACUUUGGCUGUGAUUACUUCAGUAGUGGCUUAGACGUGGAUAACCUGCAGAAUAAGCUGAAUGCAUUCUUUAAUACGCGGACAUCAGAUGGGCCGAGGUAUGAUACAUACCUGCUCUACUACAGUGGAGAUGUCUAUGAUACGGGAGACUGGGCCUUGUCAGGUGACAAGGCCCUGACACUUCCAAUGAUGGUGAACUGGUUUUCUAACAAGGAUAAUGAUUCAGGGUCACGACUGAUUCUAGUUCUUGACACUGCCAAUUCGUAUAAGUGGGCACAAGAAUGCCAGUUUGUUAAGAACUGCUUCGUGGCAGUCCAGACAUGCAGGUACAUUACACGAGUAGAUUCUGCUGAAACAGGAGAAAAAUGCUCAGUCGGCACUUUUACUCAGGCUUUUGUGAAGUUUAACAAUGGUCAAGAAGUUGACAUUGACUGGUCAUCGAAAACACGCCCCCUUAGAGCCUUGUACAAAGUGUCCAGCAACUGGUCAGACUUUUCCUUCCAUCUGCCAACAAAGGAGGAUGUUGAGAGCUACUGGAAAACCAACUUCCCUCCUACGAUGAAACCACUGAUGAAGCUGUUGAAUUUGCCUGGACUGUGUUCUCCGUUUUGUUGCUCCAGAUGUAUCUUUCGUUGGUUGCGAUGGCUGCAGAUGACUUUGCUACCACCACGACAGCUGGACACAGGACAUGGUCUUCAGUUACUAAAUACAUAA